AGAGUGUUGUUUGUUUUCUGUGCAAUCGACAUCAGUAGCAUGAUGGUAGCAUGGUUGUCUGGAAAUUGUUUAAAAUCAAACAGUUUGAAGUUAAUGUUAGUUAACACGCGGAAGGACAGAGAAAAAUCACUCUAGAAUCUCAAUUGUAGAUAAGAUGUGUUGAGAGAGCUGAGAUUUGGUCACCCAACAUGGUGACAAGUUAGCUAAUCUAGUCGUACCGCUGGCUAAAUUGGUUGACAUGCUGUAUUUGACAGAAUAACGUAAGUUUCUGCCUACAAAUGGAAUUACACUAGACGGGCUCUGACUAAACUCAGCCUCCAGCACAUGGACUAACGUUAGAGGCCGUGCUACAACAGGCUUUAUAUCGUUAAAUUGUUUUAUGUUUCAAGCACAGAACUGGAUUUCCCAGAUGACAAGGGAGAAUGCACUACAACGCUAAUCGUGUUAACACAGUACCCUGAAUCUUGUCUAACUCUGCUGGUGUUACAUGUUCAUGUCGUGGAAUGCACAGAGAACACACUUGCCCCUCGAGUUGGAUUGAGCAACAACAUUAAAUGACUGUAGCACUUCCAAAGGCAAUCCUCUAUGACUGAAAGCUCACUGACAAGGUUUUACAACUGAACUCAUUGCAUAACUGGCACUACAGAUUAGACAGAUAACUAGAAACUUCAGUUCUCUGACAAUAGUGUAACUACAUAGUACUACUUGGAAUGCAAAAAGAGACAACUGCUUACACUAAAGUUUGAAAGUCAAAAGUUACUCACAGCAAUGUGCCUAUUUUCCAGUUUGCCUUGGUGAUGACAAUCUGUACACCACCAAGUAAUUCUUUGAUGUACUCAUUCCAACGUGUUCAAAAUGUAACUAGAUCUUUAUUUAGGCCGACACUCCAUUGAUUGGGCUGUGCAUUUCAGGUGUUCAAGUAGGAGAUCCUCUGAUUGAAGGGGAUCAUGUUAGACCACACAGAUCCAAGUCUCCCGCCUGAGGAGCGGGUGCGUGCCUUAGUCAAGAAGGGGAGCGCUGUGGACGUCAAUGAGAACGUGCCCGCUCGCCGAUACUUCCGCUCCGGCAUGGAGAUGAUUCGGAUGGCCCACACCUACGCUGAGGAGGGGAACACAGAGCAUGCUUUCAUCCUUUAUAACAAAUACAUCACGCUUUUCAUCGAAAAGCUGCCAAAACAUCCAGAGUAUAAGAAUUCAGCUAUUCCCGAAAAGAAGGACACUUUAAAGAAACUCAAGGAAAUUGCCUUUCCUCAAGCAGAAGAGCUUAAGAAACAUAUCUUCAGGCGAUAUGAACGGGAGUAUGCUGACUAUAUAGUCAGAAAGCAGGCGGAAGAGGCCGCCAUGGCUCAGCAGCUGUCGCGGCAGCGAGAGCUGGACACGGAGAGGCAGCGCGUGGCCGAGAUGCAGCGGCGGCAGCGCGAGCAGGAGCAGUUCAGCGCCUUCGAGGAGAUGAUCCGCCGCCAGGAGCUGGAGAAGGAGCGCAAGCGAAUCCUCCAGGAGUUCAACGCCCCGACUGCUGGUGCCCUCACCACUGACACCCCACUCCUCCCUGGGAUACAGGGUCCUCCGCUCCCGGUUCAGGCGACGGCACAGAGUCCUGUGUACCCCAGCGCCAACCACUCCGGUGAACCUGCGCAGACACCUGUAUCGCCUCCCGCUUUUGACCGAUCACUCAAGCCAGGAACCCUCAUCUCAACUAGCAACAAUAUCAUGGUCGAUGGGCUGAGGCAACUGACUGUGCCAGCUGAGCUUUGUAGCCAGUUCCUGAGAAUAGCCAAUGCCAACACUAUCAGAUCAGUGGAAACCUGUGGAAUUCUCUGUGGCAAACUGACCAGGAAUGCUUUCACAAUAACCCAUGUGAUAGUGCCAAAGCAGUGUGGGGGCCCAGACUACUGUGACACGGAGAAUGAAGAGGAGCUCUUCCUGGUCCAGGGCCAGUAUGACCUCAUUACCCUGGGCUGGAUUCAUACACACCCUACACAGACAGCGUUCUUAUCCAGCGUUGAUCUUCACACACACUGCUCCUACCAAAUAAUGCUACCAGAGGCCAUCGCUAUUGUGUGCUCCCCAAAGUUCAACGAGACGGGAUACUUCAGGCUGACAGACCAUGGAAUGGAGGAGAUAUCUACCUGUAAACAAAAGGGCUUCCAUCCACACUCCAAACACCCUCCUCUCUUUGCUGAAGGAAGCCAUAUCAUUAUCACAGACGCCACGAUCACAAUGUUGGACCUGCGAUGAAGUCUGAUCACAUACCGAGUAUCGGUGCGAUGAAGUAGAGAACAACCCCUCUUUGACUUUAUAUUAAUUUACAUUCUAUGGCAACUAGCACUCCAAGAACCUGGAUGGGAGAUUAUUUGAAGCCGAGACCAGAGGGCUAUGGAGUGUCUUUAGGGGACGGGACGGGACUUCGUUUGGCAUAUCAGCCUAUCUGAUGCACUUGUAUAAGGGGCAAGAGUGAAUAAAAAUCCUUUAAAUGUUGUCUACGGGGAGCUCAGGGAUGGACACUUAACCUCAGAAUACUCAUUCUCAUUAGGGAUUGUAUCACUGUAUACUCUGUUCUUGACCCUCCUGUGUUUAUCUUUUAUUUAUAAUCCCAUAAUGGUUCCACACUAAUUGUUGCUAAACUAUUAAAGGAGAUGAGUGAUAUUUUUCAAGGAA